AUGCAGACAGACGGAGAGCAGAAUAAUCUGUCGCUGCCGCCGUCCAUCAAUCUGCAGAAUGAUGCGUCGGGCGAUGGCAGAGCGCUGGCGUCGGAGGUCAAAGGGAAGCACCGGAUCGUUGCUGAAUUGAAGCGGUUCGAGCAGGAGACCAAGUUCUUAGAGGUUGGUCUCCACCUUCUCCUCAUUUAUUUCUUUUCCUUGGGUAAUCUGUCUCAACCUCUCUCAUUUUUUUUAUUCCACAUUAUCCUUGGCGUACAUUCCCCGAUGCCCGCUAAAUGCUUCCAGAAUUCUGGUUUUUUUCUCUAGGGCAGAGGAGAGCUAGGGUUUUUUCCUACCUUCCAUUGAAAGUAGAAACAAUCUGAGGGCAAAUUUUUUUCUCGAGGUUUAUGAUUAACCAUCUUUUUUCCAUAGGAGGUAGGGGACUAACAAGGCGACCCACAGCUUAUAAAUGUGUUUCAUGAUCAGAUUUUUGUACGUUCUCAGUGGACUUAGUGUGCCGAUCAUAAUGAUCUACUGUACGCGAUAAGAAUCUGAGGACAAAUCAUCCAAAAUUUAUUGAACAGGAAAGUAUUCCAUUUGCUUGUUUCUUUGCUGUUCACGAUUUAAAGGCACAUCCUCUCCUACAACUGGCAUCGCAAGGCAUCAUUUAUAUAUAUCUUGGAUACACAGUAUAUUGCUCGUUCACCAUGGACCUGCGCUUCUUGCGCCGAUAUUCCAUCAAUGACUCAAAGGUACAAACUUGUUGUAGACUGGCAUAAUUCCACCCAGAAGAGGAAAUUUUCAACAUGGCAGAAGAGGAUAUUCUAUCCAUGGGGUUAGAUAGGACCAUAUAUGGUCCUAUCUAACCCCAUGAAUUUUCACCUCCCAGCAUUUGACCUUUCUGAGCCUUAUCAUGAAGGAAACCUUGGUCUUGAUUUGUCAGAAGUUUGCGUAUGUCUGUCUUUCUUUCUUGGGAGCAUAUGAGAUAAAGCAAUCCGAUAUUAGAAUUAAGGUUUCAUCAGUCUGGUCUACUAAUUUCUAAUAUAGUGUGAAAAAUGCAUAGUUGUUUGGCAUUUCUUAUCGCUUCUACAUAUAGUUGGAGGUGUUUCCAUGUAAAUGUGUUAAACUAAAUGACUUGUUGGAAGGGGGGGAAGUUCUGGACUUUUGAAAACUGGUUGCAUGGCUCUUGAGACCACUUGGAAAUGUGCAUAGUUUUAGGGGAUGCCUGGCGUGCAAUCACUCAGAAGUUGGAAUUCUUCAGUUAUUUCUGUCACCUUCUGUGCCUACUAACCAGAUUUAUUGAUUUGUAGUUUCUAGAUUCAUGGUACUACUAAUCUUAUCGCCUAUUAGGAAGACUGGCAUCCACCAAAAAUCUGAAAUUUGCAGAGAAACAAAAGAAAAAACUGAAAUGAUUCAUCUUGAUAAUGGAGAUCCCGUAUACCUCAGAUUGCCCUCAGUUUUGUUUGCAUUGACGCUGUCUCCUUCACUCUUUAUCUGUCUCUCCUUGAUCUUUUCCGUUUUCAUAAUCUCUUUCUGGGUCGCUGUCUAUCUGUCGGUCUCCUCAUCAUUACUCUCACACUCACUCUUAGUCUACCUCCCUAUGCCGCAUCAUUUUAUAUCAUUCUCUCACAUCUCCUGCAAUUUCUCCUCAUUGCCGUCUUUCCUGGUAUGCUCUCUUUCUUUUGUUUCUCUUCCUCACCCUCCACCUUCCUUCGAUUCUCUUUUUUGUCCUUAUUCGUUUCUUUUUGUCUCCAGUCUGCCUUUGAUUCUCUCUUUUGUCACUGUCCAUUCUGCCUCCCAUCUCCAGUCUGCCUCACAAAAUUGUUACUAUCUCUUCAGUUCUCUUUCCAUCCCCACCAAGUUUCCCAUGCUUUUAUCACUCCCUCUCUCUGACACACACCACUCCCCUGCUUUCCUCUGUCGUUUAUACACUGUCUUCUUCUGCUGCUUAUUUCUUUCCCCCCAUAUUACUCUCCAUCAUUUUUAUUUUUUUUGGGGCCUUUGUAUUACUCCGCAUCCUUAUGCCUAUGGGAUGGAGAAAUAACCUUGCAAUAAGAAAGAUAAAAUCUGAUUGUGGCAUGAGUGCCUAGAGCGUGAAGCUUCUGUUGCAAGCCGGCACAGAGCGAACUCCUGUUGUUGGGUCUUUCUUCAGAUUGUUUAUUUUGGCUCUCUCGUGCUCUCUUUCUUGUUUGCUUUUGUUAAUGCAACAACUAAGCUCAGGUUUUACUUUUCUCCUCUUGUCUUGCUCAUUUCUUGAUUGGGAUGCUUAGUUGAAUAUUAAUCAAUCUUGCUAGGAAUAGCUCCUUACUCUCAUAUUGUGCAAAAACUAAGCAACUUCGAAAACCCUAGAAUGAUUGACCUAUCAGUCGGGCUUAGGCAUGAUGGGAAGUAGUGCGCAAAAUGUUUCUUUUAGAUUCCAUGUCGUAUCGUUUUAACAAAAGUGUCAUUUAGAAAAUGGAAAUAUUUAUUUAUGGUCAAACAUACAGGAUAUUACGUAGAAUGUUAGCUAAUAGCUUUGAAUAUAUGUAUUUUUCUAAAGAAAAAUGUCUUUUUUCAGAAUAUGCUGCCCUGUCUAUUAAUAAUGCAUACCCUGAAGGUUUUGUCUCCAGUAAAUGACUAAGUGAAUAGAAUAUGUUUUAUGUUGAUAUCGGUGGAGCUUUUAAUGAAGGUGUUUCAGCUUUUUGGGGAAGUUGACAUCGCUCUUGAUUAUGAAAACCUAAUUGAUAGGUAAACUCUAUAAAAGGAGUUCCAUGCAAUGCCGAGUAUAACACCUAAAUCUGUACCACACGUAUGCUAGAAUGUUGCAUUCCAAUUCCAGUUUGUACACAAUUUUAUAUAGUUGAAUACCCACCUGAUAAAUAAUGAUCCCAGUUGGUUGCGAGGAUAAUAUGACUCUGGAUUUUCUGUUGCAGAUUAGUGGGCAUGUAUUUCACUUAUAAACUAAACAAUGUGAGCAGGAGAGAAAAAUUUUGGGCAGGGCAAGAGAUGAUAAAGUUCUUGAGAUGAUACGAACUAUGCUUAGGUUGAGAGCAGGAGAUGAUUCAAUUCUGGAGAGAAAAAUUUGGUUGGAAGCCCGAGUGGAUGAGUUGGGCUGCCGCAUCAUAAAAAAUAGGCCUUAUACUCGUUUUGGGUUCAUGUUGGUUGAACCAGAGAGCCGUUGUUAAUGCCUUCAAAUUUAAGUGAAAUGGCGGCUAAUAUCAUAUUUCAGGAGUACGAUUGUCAACAGAUGCUGCGUUAUGUCGGCGUCUGUCGUUGUUCUAGUGUUGCAAUCGUUUUUCUCUUAGCAGUCUCAUGUUCCAUAGCUGCAGGAUAGACUCAGACUUGUGCCAAUCCAACCGUUGAAAGCUUUGCUUGUUGACAAUCCUCUGUAUAGAAAACGAAAAUCACAGUUCUUAAUUUCGUUCGCCCUCGUUGUAAAUCUGUGCCAUGAAUGCUCGCACGUUUCACUAACCCAGAGUCCUGUUCUCUGUUCCUUAACGUGCUUGUGCAUGCAGGAGGAACUGGAAAAGCUGGAGAAGACGGAUCAUGUCUCCACUGCAUGUCAGCAGUAAGUAUUGAUUCUUUUAUUAUUUUAUGAUUUAUCUGGAGCUAGCGUGAAACCCUGAACUGUAUGCAUUGUGCUCCACCAGGCUGAUCCAGAAUGUGGAAAGCAGGCCAGAUCCGCUGCUACCAGUGUAAGGAAAUCUGAAUCCAACGCCAUUGAUUGACGGGGCCUGCAAUAUUCUCACCGAAGCUCAUUUUGCAGAACCAAUGGACCAGUAAACCAAUCAUGGGAGCGAUGGUUUGAAGGACCCCAAGAAUCCCAAAGCUGCAGAUGUUGGAUCCUCUGA